AUGCCUGCGCACUCUUUUCGAGCAACAAGACGUAGUUCCGAAAACGACACCAGCUGCGGAGUUAUUUUUGACAUAUCCACCCCGGUAGAACAUUUUCGUGGAGUGACUGGAGGGAGUUUCCCCCCCUUCCGUUCUUGUAUAUGGGCUGGCAGAUCCCUAGAAGCUAAUGCCUGGAGUUUGUUGGUCUUCCGCCCCUCUGAGUGGGGUCGGGGAAGGAGCCAACGCGGACGUAGUCCGCAAGAUUCGCUGGAUAGUUUGCUUUGUGAUGAAUUCACUUCGUUCUCGCGUUCUAAUGAAUGGUAGCUCAUGUGCUCAGAGUGCACCGCAGUGCCAUUCCGCCACUGAGGGCGCUUCCCAGCGGGGAAGGGUGUUUUAGGAUGUUUGGAUCUAAUGGAUGGUAGCUCAUGUGCUCAGAGUGCACCGUAGUGCCAUUCCGCCACUGAGGGCGCGUCCCAGCGGGGACGGGUGAUUUAGGAUGGUUGUGCUCUAAUGGAUGGUAGCUCAUGUGCUCAGAGUGCACCGUAGUGCCAUUCCGCCACUGAGGGCGCUUCCCAGCGGGGAAGGUGGAUUCCGGAUUGUUUUGCGGUUUUUGGACUAGUUGUAGUGGCGCUGGAGCAGAUCGAGAUGCGAGCAAGAUGCUUAUUGCUAUUCCCUAUUUUCGAGCCCUUGUAAAUGUGGGCCCUUCUCUGUUUUCGCCUCUCAUUCGAGCUGGAUACUUCCGUACGGGCUCUGGCAAGAUUCUCAAACUCGGGGUCCUAGAUGGGCUGGCUGGAGAUUGCUUUUGUUCGCGUGUCCAAGGUUUAUAGAGUUGUGCCGGAGAGCCUUAUGGUGCUGGAUCAGGGUGCUUGGCGAUGGCCUUGCGCGGGUUGGUCUUGCUGACGGAUGGUUUGUUUCGGAGGGUUGGUUUCGGAUGCGCGUAUAGCUCGCAUCCCGUUGGGGGCGCGGAUCAAUUGUCUGCUCUGUCCUGCCUGUUGGCCGUUCCAAUUUUAGGCGGGGGCCGAGGUCUUUCUACACAUUGCCCACGCAAGGACUCUUCCUGGAGGCGGACACGUCUUUCAGCGUGUCGUAGGACUAAGUACUCACUGCUUCGCUUUGUUGAUGUUGCGGUCUGGCGCGCCUAGUACCGCGUUGAAACCUCCCUGACCUGAGGCACUUCUGUUUUCGGGAGGCUAGGCGCCUCGCAGCGCUGGCACUACACUUAUCUCGGGGGCUGCCUUUUCUUUUUCGGAUUCGCUUUGCCGCUUCAUCUGCACCAGGGGAGCUCCGCUCUGUCCUCGGUCUCGCCUGGCUUUGGGAACAGGGGUCGUUUGGCACUGGCGGUACCCAAUCCGUUACCCUUGCGAACUUGUUCCCA